AGAAGGGGAGGGCCGGGCGGGGCAGGAGCUGGUCAUCGCCUGGGGGUGCAGGAGGUCCGCGGCCUCUCUUGCCGCAGCACCACCUGUCGCGGAACGAGUCGUCGGGUGGAAGAAAAGAUGUUGUCCCGGUUAAGAAUAGUUGCCACUCCUUGUACUCUGGCAUGCCGGCAUGCACACACAAAAGAGAAAGGCAAGCCACUUAUGUUGAAUCCAAGAACAAACAAGGGAAUGGCAUUUACAUUACGAGAACGACAAAUGCUUGGUCUUCAAGGACUUCUACCUCCCAAAAUAGAGACACAAGAUAUUCAAGCCUUACGAUUCCAUAGAAAUAUGAAAAAAUUAAAUUUACCUUUGGAAAAAUACAUCUAUAUAAUGGGAGUACAAGAAAGAAAUGAGAAGUUGUUUUAUAGAAUACUGCAAGACGAUAUCGAAAAUCUGUUGCCAAUUGUAUAUACACCAACAGUUGGUCUUGCCUGCUCUCAAUAUGGACACAUCUUUAGAAGACCCAAGGGAUUAUUUAUUUCAAUCUCAGACAGAGGUCAUGUUAGAUCAAUUGUGGAUAACUGGCCAGAAAAUCAUGUUAAGGCUGUUGUGGUGACUGAUGGAGAGAGAAUUCUGGGUCUUGGCGAUCUGGGUGUCUAUGGAAUGGGAAUUCCAGUAGGAAAACUUUGUCUGUAUACAGCUUGUGCAGGAAUACGGCCCGACAGAUGCCUGCCUGUGUGUAUUGAUGUAGGAACUGAUAAUCCAGCACUGUUAAAAGAUCCAUUUUACAUGGGCUUAUAUCAGAAAAGAGAUCGAUCACAACGUUAUGAUGAUCUGAUUGAUGAGUUUAUGGAAGCCAUUACUGACAGAUAUGGACGGAACACACUUAUUCAGUUUGAAGACUUUGGAAAUCAUAAUGCAUUCAGGUUCUUGAGAAAAUAUCGAGAAAAAUACUGUACCUUCAAUGAUGACAUUCAAGGGACAGCUGCAGUAGCUCUCGCAGGUCUUCUUGCAGCACAAAAAGUUAUUGGCAAAUCACUCUCAGAACACAAAAUCUUAUUUCUUGGAGCAGGAGAGGCUGCUCUUGGCAUUGCAAAUCUUAUUGUUAUGGCUAUGGUAGAAGGUGGCCUCUCAGAAGAAGAGGCACAAAAGAAAAUUUGGAUGGUUGACAAGUUUGGUUUAUUAUUUAAGGGGCGGAAAGCUAACAUAGACAGUCAUCAGGAAUCAUUUGCUCACUCAGCCCCAGAGAACAUACCUGACACUUUUGAAGAUGCAGUAAAUAUACUUAAACCUUCGGUUAUUAUUGGAGUUGCAGGAGCUGGCCGACUUUUCACUCCUGGUGUAAUCAAGGCCAUGGCUGAUAUCAAUGAAAGGCCUAUAAUAUUUGCAUUAAGUAAUCCUACAGCAAAGGCUGAGUGCACAGCUGAAGAAGCAUAUACACUUACACAGGGAAGGUGUUUGUUUGCCAGUGGCAGUCCAUUUGGGCCAGUGAAACUAAGUGACGGGCGACUGUUUACACCAGGUCAAGGAAACAAUGUAUAUAUUUUUCCAGGCGUGGCUUUAGCUGUUAUUCUCUGUAACACCCGGCAUAUUAGUGACCAUGUUUUCCUAGAAGCUGCAAAGGCGCUGACAAAUCAAUUGACGGAUAAAGAGCUAGCUCAAGGGAGACUCUACCCCCCUCUUGCUAAUAUUCAGGAAGUUUCUAUUAACAUUGCUAUUAAAGUUGCAGAAUACCUAUUUGCUAAUAAAAUGGCUUUCCGAUACCCAGAACCUGAAGACAAGGCCAAGUAUGUUAGAGAAAGAAUAUGGCUAAGUAACUAUGACUCCCUGCUGCCAGACAUGUAUGAGUGGCCGGAAUCUGCAACAAAGCCUCCCCCACUCCUGGAAUAGCAGUGCCCGCCAACAGAUACCUUCCAUGCUUCAGGGAACCCUUUUUUCAGAAAAAAUAUAAUGCUCUCAAAUUUA